CAGCUUCCACCAUGGCUGAAGAGGAAGUUCCUGCGACGACCGAAAAAGUUCUGAAAAUACAGAGGGUGUUCAUAAACCAUCUGGACACCUAUAGCAGCGGAAACAUAGGAAAGUUCCUAGCUAACUGUGUCGCCGGGGCUUCACUGGAAGAGAUUGGAGAAGAGGAAGAGGAAGAGGACGAGACCAAGUCAGGGGGAGCUGCUACAGAAGCUACCACCACAAGAGUGAAGGAAGGCACCUUCCAGAUUGUGGGCACCUUGGCCAGGCUGGAGAGCACCAGGCCGGACUUCGCUGUGGAAGCCUACUCCCAUGGCACCUCCCGGGAGGACCUGCUCGCGCGUCUCUUGGAGUGUGACGUUGUCGUCUAUAACAUCACGGAGAAUGCACAGCAAGUGCAGGAAGCCUUGUGGGCAGUCUCCGCACUGAGUGAAGAAAUCAGCCAUUUUGAAAAGCGAAAGAUGUUCAUUUUGUUGUCAACAGUGAUGACAUGGGCGAGAUCCAAACCCCUGGACCCUGACGAUAGCGAGGUUCCCUUCACCGAAGAGGAUUAUCGGCGAAGGAAACAUCACCCCAACUUCCAGGACCACAUCAACGCCGAAAAACUAGUCCUCAAGUUUGGAAAGAAUGCCAAAAAGUUUGUAACUUAUGUAGUCGCCUCAGGACUUCAGUAUGGAGUGGAAGGAGGCAUCUUACACGCAUUUUUUAAGAUGGCCUGGCUCGGAGAGAUUCCUGCAUUACCGGUGUUUGGAGACGGGAGCAAUUGCAUUCCAGCCAUUCACGUUCUUGACCUAGCAGGAGUGAUCCAGAACGUCAUAGACCACGUGCCUAAGCUUCACUACCUGGUAGCUGUGGACGAGUCUGUCCACACCCUGGAAGACCUGGUCAAGUGCAUCAGCAAAAAUACCGGCCCUGGAAAAAUCCAGAAAGUACCCAAAGAAAAUGCUUUCCUGACAAAGGACUUAACGCAAGAGCAUCUGGACCAAUUGCUGGUCAACCUGAGGAUGGAAGCCCUCUUUGUGAAGGAGAACUUUAACAUCCGCUGGGCCGCCCAGACGGGAUUCGUGGAGAACAUCGGCAGCAUCCUCAAAGAGUACAAGCAGAGCCGAGGACUGUUGCCAAUCAAGAUCUGCAUUCUUGGUCCUCCUGCUGUGGGAAAAUCCAGCAUCUCUGGAGAGCUGGUCAAGUACUACAAACUGCACCACAUCAAGAUAAAGGAUGUGAUUUCCGAAGCCAUAGCCAAACUGGAGGCGAUUGUCGCACCCAAGGAGACAACGGAAGAAGAGGAAGGUGAAGAAGAGGAGGAGGAAGAGAACGUGGAGGACGCCCAGGAACUCCUUGAUGGCAUCAAGGAAAGCAUGGAGCAGAACGCAGGUCGGCUAGAAGACCAAUAUGUAAUUCGAUUUGUGAAAGAAAAGCUCAAAUCUAUGCCUUGUAAGAACCAAGGUUACGUUUUGGAUGGCUUCCCAAAGACCUAUGAUCAAGCGAAAGACCUGUUCAACCAGGAAGAUGAAGAGGAAGAAGAGGAAGUCAGAGGCAAAAUGUUUCCCUAUGAUAAACUAAUUACACCUGAAUUUGUGUGCAGUCUGGAUGCCUCUGAUGAGUUUCUGAAGGAGCGAGUGAUGAACCUCCCGGAGAGUGUCGUGGCGGGAACUCACUACAGCCAGGACCGAUUCCUCCGGGCUCUGAGCAACUACCGGGACAUCAACACAGAUGACGAGACGGUCUUCAACUACUUUGACGAAAUUGAAAUUCACCCCAUACAUAUUGACGUAGGAAAACUUGAAGAUGCCCAGAACAGACUUGCUAUCAAACAGCUCAUCAAAGAGAUUGGGGAGCCUCGGAAUUACGGCUUAACAGAUGAAGAAAAGGCAGAGUUGGAGAAGAAAGCUGCAGAGGAACGCCUGGCCAAGGAGGCUGCUCAGACGGCAGAACGUGAGCACAAGGAGGCCCUGGAGAUGGCGGAGAAGAUAGCCCGCUGGGAGGAGUGGAGUAAACGGCUGGAGGAAGUGAAGCGAGAAGAGAGAGAGCUGCUGGAGGCACAGUCCAUCCCCCUGAGAAACUACCUGAUGACCUACGUGAUGCCUACCCUCAUGCAGGGCCUCAAUGAGUGCUGCAAGGUGAGACCCGAAGACCCCGUGGAUUUUCUGGCCGAGUAUCUCUUCAAGAACAAUCCCGAAAUGCAGUAAAGACUCAUCAGUGUGGGAGCUUCAGAGGGAGAGCUCAAGUUAAACUUGUAAUUUGAAAAACUGCUUUUAAAAAUGCCUUCCUAGGGGUUUUUUGGGGGGGAGUUGGGUGGAGGGAGUAGUGAGGGGGAAUCCUAGUGAAGUGGAAUCAUUAGAAAACCACAUUGCAACUAAUAACUACUAUCCCAUUGAAAUGAUAUUUGAAAAGUAAACAGAUAAGGCACACCUGCAUAGCUUAGGGACCAGUAAUAUUACUCUUAUGUCAGUCACAAUUCUGCACAUUAACACGUUUGUAGGAACUUAAGUUAUAACACAGAGUUAUAUGCUCCAACAGUGUCCAAAAUGAAAGAAAUUAGAACCACCCAUGCUUGUUGAAACCCACGACAUCAGCUGUGAUCGGCUCCUGCAAGGUUGCUCUUGAGGAUAGGGCCAGUAUUCUAGCCACUAAGGGAACUGAAGAGCUUGUGAUGGGAAACAUGUGGGUCGAGGUAAAUCCUGCUACCCCCACCCCACCCCUAUCACUACAAAGUGCUGAAUAUGCACCACUAAUUAAUUUCUCAGUACAGUCAUGUUGUGAUUUUCCUCCAUUAAAAAUAAAAGUCUGGUAAAAAUCUCUAGCA